AUGACAACAAUGGAUGAUACUAAGGGUGGAGCAGCACCGCUUUUCCAGAAAAUACUGACUACUAAAGUGUCACCCAAUCUUCCAGUGAGCACAGUUAUUCCAAUGGAUUCACUGCGACCCAUUCCAGCUCAAAAAACGUUUCCUGAAGAAGAAAUGGAGAAAAAAGCUAUUCAUACAAUCCAUGCUCAAUUGAAACAAGCUGCAUGUUGCUCGGACGAGAAAAGAUUGAAAAGUCGUUGGGAAAAAAUUGAAAUGCGCUUCAGUCGAUUACAAUACAAAGGACAAAAAAAGAAAAUUAUUGAGAAACUUGAUGACGAAAACAACUAUGCACCAAUUCAUUAUGCUGUGCGAUCAAACAAUCGAUUUAUUUGCGAAAAAUUACUCGACGAUGAGUAUAACUGCAAUGUUAAUUUAUUGGGUUGGGCUGGUCAAACACCACUUCAUCUAGCUGUUUGUUCGUCUGACAUCGAGAAAGAAAUGUCACAAGCUCUCAUUACCGAACAGAAAUCUGUGUUGCUGCUUCUAUUGAAUAAUCCAGAUAUUCAAGUUAACAUACGGGACGAUAAAGGACGAACACCAUUGCAUCAUGCUAUCAUGAGAAAUCAUACUAGUAUAUGCAACAUAUUAUUAGAUCAUCGUGCACGAGUUAACAUACCUGAUAUCCAAGGAGCAACAGCCAUCCACUACGCGUAUCGUUUUGGCACGGGACGAGAUAUGAUUUCCAAAUUUCCUUUACAACAAGAAUUAUUUCAGUUAAAAACAGUUGAUAAUAAGACACCAUUCGAAAUGGCAGCUGAACAUGGCCAUCUCGAUACUAUUCAAGAGUAUUUUGAUAAGCGCUCUGACUCGAUUGCUCAUUCUGACCAUGGUAUUCGUUCUCUUAUCCAUGCUGCUGUUCGCCAGCAUAAUUCCGAUAUCUUAGCAAAGCUUGUCCCGACAAAAGAUAUGAGCAGUUACAUGAUCAAUUUGGCUUGUCGUCAACCGCAAGGAUACAAAAUGCUUACAGAUCCGAAGUUGGGUGGGUUUUUUGAUAAAAAACUGAUGUUAUCAGAAGUUUCAUCGGAUGGAUUCACUCCGUUGAUGAUGGCUGUAAAAUAUCGUCGAAAAGAAUGUGUCCAAAUACUUCUCGACGAUAAAUAUUGUGAUAAAACUAUCUUGGAAAAGACAAGUAUCGAUUUUGAACGUACAAUUUUACAUAUUUGUGCCGAACAUUUCGAUGAAACAAUCGCUACCAGUGUAUUGGAAAAAGCACAAUUAUAUGGAUUAGAUCCAACUCCAGUUGAUGUUAUGGGCAAUACGGUGUUACAUAUCUAUGCUCAGAAGAACAACUUAAAUAUGUGUAAUAAACUAUUAACGAUGAAUCCAGCAAAUACUAUGAAAAUGCUACAAAUUCGAAAUAAUAGUGGAUAUACUGCCUUUCAUGAUGCGAUUAUGAAUGGAAAUAGUGAAAUCGUAGAAUUGAUGAUCGAAAUUGUCCCUGACGCGAAAAUGUUAAUUGAAGAACGUGAUGAUCAGCUACAAACCAGUUUGCAUAUGACUGCAUCGAACGGCGACGUGAAAAUCGUUGAUUUGAUGAUUUCACAUAAUGCUGAUGUUCAUGCUCGUGACAUAAAUGAUCAUACACCAUUGCAUGAAGCUGCUCGAUCAUCUGAUUCAAAUAAUGACGUAAUUCGUGAUCGUGUAGAGUGUAUUGAACAUCUUAUUCGUGCUGGUGCUGAAGUAGAUGCAUUAAAUAUUCAUCGAGAGACGCCAUUACACAUUGCAUGUCGAUAUAGUUCAUCAUCGAUAGUUCGAGCAUUGUUACAUCAUGAUGCAAAUAUUUUACAAACAAAUAUUGGAGGUUUCAACUGUCUCGAGGUUGCAAUUGAAGAAAAAAAUAAAAAUACAGUUCAAUAUUUAAUUGAUCAUGAUUAUAUAUUUGAAUUGAUGCGCAACGCACAAUUGUAUGAAACUCGCAAUGAACCGUGUUGUACGUGUGGAAAUGAAAAAGUUCGGGAAACUUGCUGUGUACCAUGCUGCAAAGGUUUAGAUCGAUGUUCGUUUUACACAUUUCGUUUGGGCUUAGAUCGUCGAACAGCUGAUACUCCCAUGCGAAAAUUGAUUGCUACAAUGCCUGAUAUGGCUAUGGCUAUUCUUGAACGAUGUACAACAACGAUUGGUGAUGAAAAAUCCAAGAUACAUCGCAUCUUUUUCGAUUAUGAAUUUUUAGAAGAUCAAUAUGUCAUUCGAAAUUGGGCAAAAGGUAAUCUCAAUAAUAAAUUUAACAGUAUUGGUAAAGCCUCUGUUCAAUACAAUGCUAUUGAAAAGGAUGAACCAUAUACAAUUGAUUACAAGACCUUAGUAAUGAAUCAUCCAUUGUUUCUUAUGGCUGUGUACAAUCGAUAUGCAUUAAUGGCUCAUCCAUUAAGCCGUAGUUUGGUCAAUCAAAAAUUCUUCGGUCUUAGUCUAAUCCUGUUCAUGCUCAGCUUUGCACUCUACGCUACUUUUCUUGGUAUAUAUACAGCGACUGCCAUGCGUACUCAACAUCCACAGUAUUAUUAUAGCUUAACUGGUUUUGAUUAUGACGGAGGUUUAUGUAUGAAUGUAACGGACGCACUCAAUACUGGUAAUAUUGCUUUGAAAACAACGACGGAUUGGUCAUUGAAGAUUGUAUUCUAUGUACUUUUUUCAAUAAUUCUCGUGAAAAAUACUUGGGCUAUUAUUGGAUAUAUUAGAACCAAUUGGACGAAAAUCUUUACAUUUAUUCUCGAAUUGAUGUCACUUGGUUUUUGUUACUAUUUUCUGUACGAUUAUGAGUAUCAAAAGAAUGUUACCAUGCGUUGUCCGAAUCAAUGGGAGAUAGGUGCAUGUGGCCUCUUCCUUGGUUAUAUGGCAUUGUUGUAUUAUGUACAAUAUAUACCUAUUUUUGGUAUUUAUGUCAUUAUGAUCAAGCAAAUUCUUAUCCGGUUUCUACUCUUCGUGCCAGUUCUGGCCAUAUUUAUGGCUGGUUUUGCAUUAACGCUGUAUAUGGUUUUUCAAAAUUUCACUCCAUUCAGUAAUGUCGGAUUUAGUUUUGCUAAAAUAGUACUGAUGCUUACCGGUGAAAUUAACUAUGAUGAUUUGAUGCACAGUACCGAUACGACAGCGUUUUAUAAAAUAGGUUUUGUUCUACUCAUUUUACUUGCGAUUAUCCUGACUAUCUUAGUAUCGAAUCUUCUUAUUGGUUUGGCCGUUGGUGAAAUCGGACCAAUGAUGGAUUCUGCCAAAGAUACACGUUUGGAUAUGCUGUAUGAGUUAGCUGCCGAUUUCGAAAUUCUUAAAUAUCAAAUCUUAUCGAUAUUUAAUCGUUGUUGUAAUUGUUGUUUUGUACCUCCUCGACAUUACAAACAAAGUGAUCUGACGAAACAGUGGAAGUCACUUCGAAAACUUAAAAAACAAUUAUUGGAAUCAUGUGCAAGAGAAUUCGAUGAAAACGAGAUCUCCGAAGACUCCGAUGACGAAGAACUUGAUUAUCAAACAAAAGUACUUGAAGAUGUUAGAAAAGAAUUACAACAGUUGCAACCGUCAAGACCAUCGAGUGGAUCACCAAAAGGAGGUCAAUCGAAGGCAGUCAGUGGUACCAAUGCUGGUAAACCAAAACCCAAGGCUUAG